AUGAACGAAACAGAGCUCGUUGAAGCGUUUAAAACCCAGACAAGGACGGAUCCCGAUGUUGCUUCUGCUGUGGCUGCCAUCCGUGUCUUGCUGGAGUUCUUAAAGAGGGACAAAGGUGAGACAAUUCAAGGGCUGAGAGCAAAUCUCAAAAAUGCAAUAGAAACACUCUCUGGAGUAGAUUCUUCAGUGGCUGUCUCUUCUGGAGGGGAACUCUUUUUAAGAUUCAUCAGCCUCACCUCUUUGGAGAACCCAGACUAUUCCAAAUGUAAAGAGAUCAUGAUUGAACGAGGCGAACUUUUUCUCCGGAGGAUAUCUCUUUCCAGAAAUAAAAUUGCCCAACUUUGUCGUACCUUUAUCAAAGAUGGUGGGAGAAUAUUAACACAUGCUUACUCAAAAGUAGUCCUGAAAGUGCUGGAAGAUGCAGCUAAAGCUAAGAAACGUUUUAGCGUCUACAUCACUGAAUCGCAGCCGGAUCAAGCAGGGCAACAGAUGGCAAAGGCCCUCUCUAAGCUUGGUAUUCCUGUGACCAUAAUACUGGAUGCUGCCGUUGGCUACAUCAUGGAGACGGUUGACCUGGUAGUAGUUGGAGCAGAAGGAGUCGUAGAAAACGGAGGCAUCAUUAACAAGAUCGGGACCAAUCAAAUGGCCGUGUGUGCCAAGGCCCAGAACAAGCCCUUCUACGUGGUUGCUGAAAGCUUCAAGUUCGUAAGACUUUUCCCGCUGAACCAACAGGAUGUCCCUGAUAAGUUUAAGUACAAAGCAGACACGCUCAAGAAAAGCGAGGAUCUAACGGAGGAGCAUCCCUGCGUGGACUACACCUCCCCGUCUCUGAUCACCCUCCUCUUCACUGAUCUCGGGGUCCUGACCCCGUCUGCCGUGAGUGACGAACUCAUUAAACUCUAUCUGUGAA